UGGUGUUGGUGUGUGGAUAGGACAAUAUUCAUAAAGCUGAACUGAUUGAUACGCCAUGCCUUCCAGAAACUCCGUCAACAAGCCAAAGGAUACACUAAAUCAGGCGAGAAAGCGUGCGUCUCUUGCUAAGAAGCGUGCUGCUCGUGUGAGAAAGGGCCUUAUUGCACCACCUCGUUCUAGCACAUCGUCGUCUUCUGGCCAGCCAAAGAGCACAGCUGUUGCGCUGUACUCUGGAGCUAAGCCAACCGGUGCGGUCACCACGAAGACCCUGUCGAACAAGAGACUCAAAAAGAUCGAAAGAAACAAGAAAUACGUUGCGAAGAGAAACGAACAGGUCUUGAUCGAUGCCCAGGCACAGGCUGAAGACAGCAUGGAGAUUGACGAUGCCGAACCAGCAGCAGCUCAGGUUCAAAAAUCAAAGAUAAAUACCGUUAAGGAUGCUCUCUGGUCAGUGAUUGAGGACAGUGCAGCAUCGGGCUUCAUAAUGGAGGCCAACGGUGAAGGAACUACUCUUGGUGGUCCAGUGUUUUAGUUGAUGCUCUAGUAAUCUUAUUUUUAUGACUAGAAUUGGGGUUUGAAUAUCUAGGGAGGUUCUUUUGUACAUCGGUUAUAAUAGUGCUAUUGAAUUUUU